AUGGUCGCCGACACACUCGUCUACCACCCCGCGGUAUCGCACUACCUCAAGUUCGUCGCCACCACCGUCGGCCGCGACAAGCUCCUGCGCACGAUCCAAUACUUCGCGCGCUUCUACGCCUGGUACCUGUUGCGCACCAACCGCCCCCAAACAUCCAUCGCCCCCUGGGAGGUCGCCAAGAAGCAGUUCGGCCUCAUCCGCAAGGUCCUGCGCGUCGGCAAGAACAUCGAGCACCUGAAGGCCGCCUCCGUCGCUGCCGACUCCAAGACCCUGGACCCCGUACUGCGGUACACGGCUGUCGGUCGCCAGUUGGGUUAUGCGGGUUAUCUGACGUUUGAUUUGGGCACGGUGCUGGAUGCGACGGGGAUUAAGAAGAGUCCCCGCGCGAAGAACUUGCAGCAGCAGGCGUAUCGGUGCUGGGCUGUUGGGAUUACCUUUAGUCUAAUUGCGCAGUUGUAUACCCUGCGCCAGCUGCGGCUGCGUGAGGCGAAGGUUGACCGGAAGGAGGGCGAGGGUGUUUUGGAGGCGAAGAGGAUUGCGCUGGAACGCAAGGCUAGCCAGCUGCAGCUGACCUCGGACCUCUGCGAUUUGACCGUUCCGCUGUCAGCGCUCAACUGGGUCGCGCUUGACGAUGGGGUUGUUGGUCUCGCCGGUACGCUGAGCUCUCUGAUCGGCGUCUACCUGCAGUGGAAGAAGACGGCACAUCCAUCACUAGGCAACAAACAUCAGAGAAUUGGCACAAUGGCGAUACGGACGAAUAUGGACGACCUCAACCUCUCCAUCUUGGGACUGGGGACCCAAUACCCGCCUCACAGCCUCAAGCCGGAUUCGAUCGAGGUGUUAAGCAAGCGGUUCUACCCAGAGUCGCCCGCAAUGAACAAAGUACUCUCCAUCAACCGAUGCAGCGGCAUCGAAUUCCGCUCCUCUAUUGGAACCCAUGACCACCCGAUCAUGAACCAACCGGACCCGCCGACCAUCGCCGAGUCUAGCAAGGUCUUCAUGAAGGACGGCGUCCCGCUUGCCAUCAGCGCAGCCCGAAAAGCCCUAGCUGAAGCUCGUGUGAAUCCAGAUCAGGUUACCCAUAUGGUGUCGACGACAUGCACCAACUCGGCCAACCCGGGCUACGACCAUUUCGUUGCACAGGAACUCGGGUUGAGCCCGAACACCGAAAAAGUACUCCUCCACGGCGUUGGAUGCAGUGGCGGCCUUGCAGCGCUCCGUACCGCUGCCAACUUGUGCCUCGGCCAUACGGCACGCGGUAAACCCGCUCGCAUUCUGGUCGUCGCGCUGGAAAUCAGCACAACCAUGGGACGCAGCGAGCUCGAGUCCAUCCACACCUCGCAGGAAACACGCAUCGGCAUCGCCCUUUUCAGCGACUGCGGAGGCGCCUUGCUUCUUUCCAAUAAUAUCCCCUUCCCUUCUCCCACAGUGGCUUUCCCUGUCCCACCCAUCUACUCCCUCCUCGGCUGGCACCACCAUACCAUCCCAUCCACCACAACUGACCUAGGCUUCGACAUCGAUCCGGUCGGCUGGAAAGUCGUGCUCUCCCCACGCGUGCCCCAAAUUGCCGAAUCCGUGCUGGCGCCCACCUUCUCCGCCCUGCUUUCCUCCCUUGCUCCAUCCCUCACAGCAGCAGCAGCAAAAGCACACCCCGACCCAACCGACUUCGACUGGGCCCUCCACCCGGGCGGCGCCACCAUCCUCACCGGCGCCGAACGCGUUUUAGGCCUAUCGUCGGCGCACUUGCGCGCCAGUUAUGACACCUACAUCAACCACGGCAACAGCUCUUCGGCGACCAUCAUAAGUGUGCUAGACCGGCUGCGACAGAAGGAUAUGGAUGCUUUGGCGGAGGUAAAGGGGCCGAAGGAGAUGGUGGUUGGGUGUGCGUUUGGCCCAGGGAUCACAGUGGAGAUGUGUAUGCUGAAGAGGAAUUUGGGUGGUCAUGGGCAGCGGAGAGGUGGGAUAGAGACGCCACCGGAAACGGAGAGUGAAGGGGAUGAGCGGAGUGCGGAUGGGGAAUGGGAAGAUAGUGUCAAUGGGAAGGAAGAAGAGGAGGAUGUAUUUGUACGCGAGGCAUUGGAGCAAGUGGAGCUUGAUUGA